AUGCGUCUGGUCCCCAUGAGGCAGUUACAGUGCCUCCAACUCGGAAGUAGCUUCCGGGUUUGUGCCGCGCAUGCGCAGUUAACGAGCGGUGAAUUCGCUUGUUUUGAGCAUGCACGGAUAGGCGGUGACGUCAGUUAUGACGUCACACGCCUAUUUAAGCGCCAAAAUUGGAUUAAAUUGUUAACUGAUGUCCUCAUUAGGUCUUUAGAGGACCUGUUUUCAUACAGUUCUCAAUUUGAAUUGCGUUUUUCAAUUUUACAGAAAAAUCUGAAG